GUAAACAGCUUUGCAUGUGGUGCGUGCUCGCACACUUUGUACUGGCGCAAAAUAAAACACUCUGUUCAUUCCGAAAUUUGAGUUGCUGUGUUCUUAACAUCAGUACAAUGUCAAGCAUAAAAUCAUUGAGGGGUUUGGUAGGUCUGGUGACUGGUGGAGGUUCGGGGCUUGGCAAGGCUACAGCGCAGCGUCUGGUCAAACAGGGAGCCAGAGUCGUCGUUUUGGAUCUCCCAAACUCAUCCGGAGAUGACACCGCAAAGGAACUGGGGGAUGACUGCAAGUUUGCUGCGGGAGAUGUCACAUCAGAAUCUGAAGUGAGUGCUGCCAUUGCAACAGCUAGGAAUUCAUUUGGUCGGCUAGACCUGGCGGUGAACUGCGCUGGGGUCGGUAUCGCUGUUAAAACCUACAACUUCAACAAAAACCGGGCUCACCCCCUAGCGGAGUUCCAGAGAGUGCUUACGGUGAACACUGUUGGUAGUUUCAAUGUCAUCCGCCAGUCGGCAGGUGAAAUUGGCAAGAAUGACCCCGGCCCUGAUGGCGAACGCGGUGUCAUCAUCAACACAGCCAGUGUGGCCGCUUUCGAUGGGCAGAUUGGACAGGCAGCAUACUCAGCCUCCAAGGGUGCCAUCGUUGGCAUGACCCUACCGAUCGCCCGGGACCUUGCCUCACAAGGUAUCAGAGUCUGUACCAUAGCACCAGGGUUGUUUGACACGCCUCUGCUAGCCGCCCUACCAGAGAAAGUCAGGACCUUCCUAGCUCGGAUGAUUCCCUUUCCCAGUCGCCUCGGUCACCCCGAUGAGUUCGCUCACAUGGUCCAGUUUAUUGUAGAGAAUCCCAUGAUAAAUGCUGAGGUUAUACGAUUGGAUGGAGCCAUCCGAAUGCAGCCAUAGACAGUGUUCCAUCUUAAAAUCUUUCACCCCCACCCUCGGUAGAUUUUGUCAUAAAUUUGACGGCCCCGGUCAAUACCAUUGUUGAACCUGAGUGAUUAUGUAAAGUUAUCCUGCCACAAAGUUUUGAAAUCAAGGAAAUAUUACAUUAUCUAUGUGAUCUUUUAUCAGAAUUGAUAUUAUGCAAAGGUUGAUGACGGUUAACACCUGUUUCAUGGUUAAGGUUGGCUGCUUUCAACAUGCUGCUUUGGUCAGUCUGUGGGAAGUAGUUCAGCAGUGUUGUAGUUUGAUUGUUUUUGCCUCUUAGACUCUGCUUGGGUCUGCCCCUUUAUACUCCCUGAUAGCCCACCACCGGAGGCAUCUUUAUAAGGAAAAGGUCACCAUUCAGUAGCAGAUCCAGAGGGAGGCACCCUGCACGUCCUCCUCCCAUGUUUGAUUUUUCAUUUGGGGCCGACAGGUCAAGGGUCAAAGUAGCAAUGACUCAAAUAAAAUCAUGUUGGCCCAAUAACUUGGAAACUAAUUGACAUAUAGACUUCAAAUUUGGUUGUAGACUGCUCUUGGUGAAGCCAGUUACAUUUGGGACUGAAAGGUCAAGGGCUGAGUUCACAAUAGAAAUUUUGCAAUCGCAAAUUGAAGUCCUGGUUUGAGGCAUUUGCUUGAUGGAGCAUUUUUAUUUGUGAACACAUCAGUUUGGGGGGAGGCUGGAUGGCCUAUGCCAUUUUCAGUAUCCAGUGCUUCCUCUUUUAUGGCUGCCUUGAAUGCUCUUCCUUGAACUUUCAUUUGCCUGUGGUAUUGCAGUUUCCAAGCUGAUCAUAGAGGGAGCUAUCAAGAAGCUGCACCGAAUCCAGCAUUGAUGAAUUCAACAGGCUUACUUGAAGAAUUUCAAGCAUACCUGACACAUGAAGCGGAAUCAAUGCAUGGCAUAUGAGUACUGUCUUUCGUUAAUCUUUGGAGGAUUUUGCGAUCACAUAUGUGAGGUACAUGUACAUAUAUGCUCAGAACCAGAGUAGAUCUGCUCAAUUUGUCAAGACCGGUGUGAGUCUGUUUCUUGAUAUGCUCAGAACUGGAGCAGACCUGCUGGAUUUGUCUAGACGGGUGUGGGUUGGUUUCUUGAUAGUGUCCUCUAUGGUGGAUUAAGGUUGUUACAGGAAUACAAUCCAAAUCCAGUCUUGGACCAAGACUAGGACAAAAGCACCAUGUUGGGUCCAUGCAACGGUAGUUCACUUUUUUUUACCUAUUCAUAUUUAUGUCCUCGGGGGACAUAAAGAUAAGAGUAAGUACUGCUUUUCAUUCUGGCAAAGGGCUGAUAUGAUUGCAAGUCUCUGCAGACCCAUACAUAACAUAGUAGGCAAUAUGAGAGUGGUCAAUUCCUUGCUAUUAGAAUUCAGUCUAGGGCCGUGUCCGAAACAGGCUUCCAGAGCUAUGGCUAGGUCUAUUGACUGCGGGUCUCCACACAUUUCCAAUGGAGCGAAGACCUAGACCUAGCUCUAGACAACAGAUUCGGAUGCAGCCCGUGUCUACCCAACCCAAGUCUACCUCUGUGGAUAAGGACAUAAGUUGAACUUAUGACGUAAGAAAUGCAUGUACCAGAAGUAUACAUGUAUAUGAAAAUGUGGUUUUCAGCUGGAAGGUAAAUUCUUCUAUUCUUUUAUGCAGUGUUCCUGUUACAAUUAGUAUUGGCAUCUGUAAUUGAUGUUGUGGUUCACAUAUUGUUUUUCUUUGAAGGAGGGUUGGCCGGUGGGGCAAACCAAGAGGGUACAAGAAAUUUACUGCUCCUCCCCAAAUUUUUAAUAUUGUGUGAUGUUUCUUAGAAAGAAAUUCCAGACAAGGUUGGCUGCAAAAAAGAUGUUUUUUUUCCCUCAAUCGGGAAAUGAGAACCAUAGAAUUACAUGUAACUACAUGUAACCCAAAUAAGAGUAUUGAAAAGUCAUGACAUUGCUUUAAUUGGAAAAUUUACUUGGCAGGCAGUAGAAUUUGCCCAGAAAAACAUUAGGUGACUACUUGGCUGAUAUUUAACUGUUUUAUCUUCAGGAAACCUUGAAUUCUCAAUGGUGAUUAGUUGAUCCGUGGAAACAAACAGUGUGACAUAUAACGGUAUUGCACAGUUCAUAUCAAACCUCAGUAAUGCGCUGUUCAAACUCCUCACAAUGUGACAUUUUACACUAAAAGCAAAACGCACAACUGCAAUAAUUAAUUUCGACUCAAAGGUGGCAGGCUUGUGCACAUAGGCCCCAAUAAUAUCUUUAUCGCUCGUUUGCUUGAAGAUAAAUUCAUUGUCAUGCUUGUGGAACAUGAAAUAAUGUAGUGAUCUGUGUCCCAUAUGUCGUGAGGCCUUUGGGACACAGAUGCACUACAUUAUUCCGUGUUCCACUCCCACCCAUGUGAUAACUAAUAGUAUCUUGGUGUUCAUUUUCAAACCAUUUGCUAAUGAUCCAGGAGCUCCGUUCUUUGUAACAUUGUGAAAAUGUUAGAAGAGAACAUUUGGACAGAGUUGUGUUUGGUUCGAAAUAAUCAUGUUUAAAAAUUCAACCGAAACAAUUUACUGCAAAACUAGGGAUCAUGUCUUAUGGCUUGGUCACACCAUGAUGGAAAGGAAUGCAAGACCGAACACAAGAUGUAGACAUGACAUCGGCUGUGGUGGUAUAAAGCAUUUUGUGGUGUUCAGUAUCAAGGAUUUUAUUCUUCAUUUGCAGGAGUAGUGUACGUAAACCACAUGUACAUGCAUUUAUCAUAGGCCCAUGCACGGUACUACGUCAUGUAAAUGUACAGGUUGUGUGACCUGACUGUACAGUACACCCCUCUUGGUUUUGUGCUCAUUGUCGUGUUACUGAUUGCUGCAUGGUGCCUGGGCAUUUCAUCAACACUGCUGACUGCAGCUUGAGAUCUUUGUUGUCUGUGGGCCCAGUGAAAAUACGUGUAGACCCUACCCAUGUGUAUUGCUGCUCAUUGUUGCUCAGAACAACAGCAUGACUUACUUCCAAGUAGCGUUACAUUUCACGGAAAUCUCUUCAAACAAAAAUUUGAGAUGCCUGCAUGAUUCAUGAAGUAUUCAGAUAUAGAAAUCAGAGAUUCUAUCCAAAGUAAUUGCAUGUAAAAUCAACAGUUUGUAAAUUUCAAGUUUGGACUGUAAAACGAGAGGUCAGUGCCACGUAUUAAAGUAUCAGAUUUUCGGCACAAACA